AUGGAUACGACAAGAGAUAACCGAAAAGACAUGAGUUUUCGUGGAUCAGCUCAAGCUCCUAUGAUGAGUAAGCAAGAAUAUAUCCGGACUUCUUCUCAGGGCAGCAAACCGAGGAAGCUAGUAACGGCGAGUUACUUCAGUUUAGAGUCAGUGGUUGUUCUUGUUGGUCUCACAGCAUCUCUCUUGAUCCUUCCCUUGAUUCUUCCACCAUUGCCUCCUCCUCCCUUUAUGCUACUUCUCAUUCCUAUUGGGAUUAUGUUUCUGCUUAUGGUUCUUGCUUUUAUGCCUUCUUCUUCUAAUGCCAAACAUUAUUAUUACUAUACAGUUGCAUGA